CUCAUGUCAGCGGAGGCAGAGUAGCAGUUAGCACUUUGCCCUGAAGCUAACAGUUUAACAGCCAGUAGAACAGCAAGCAGACAGUUUAACACCCAGUGGAACAGAGGCAGCAUCUUUAACGGAUUGCCACAUGGAUUCUCCUCAGCAAUCUAAGAAGGCUCACAUGAAUCGAGAGCCGAGGCGCAAACACGAUCAGACAAGCACCCCUCCUCAGAAAGAUGCUUAUGCCAGACUUCUCAGCCAGCACCGCAGCAGCAAGUUCAAUUCGUAUCUCGACCAAUAUGCAAAGGACUUGUCAUUUCAAAGGGAAGGAAAUUUGCCAAGCACGCUGGUCAAAACCCAGAGUGACAGGCUGAAUAUACCCCAGCGCAAAAGGGACCAAGUGCUUAAUGAUUUCUCCGAUUCAAGUGACUUCUCCCCCUCAUCUUUGAAAAGUAAAGGAGAGGAGAGUUCAUUGGCUCUGCACAUGGAGAAGCUGAGCGGGCGCACUGUGCUGCAGGACUGUGAAAGGAAGGAAGAUAUCACUGACCGACAGCGACGGGGACAGAGGAGGGACACCACCACCAGCCAAGAUGGAGACAUUGAGUCUGGAGAGGAGUUUAGCUCUGUCACGAUUAGUGAUUCCCACAAACAACAGAAGCAGCAGAAGAAAAAUAAGGACUUCUUUGCCUCUAAUGAGCCCAACUUUGAUGGACGUCCCCAAUCCCCAAAGAAAGCCGGCACAAGUGGACAGGAACAAGAGAAGAUGAAGAAGCUGAAGAAAAAGAAUCUGCCCCAGAAUGCAGAAGAAGAGAAGAGCCCAGAAGUGCCUGGAGCGAUUACUCAAAUUUCAAGGCCAAAGUCUCCUUAUGGUAAAGACAAGAAAACGCAGCAGAUCAGAGCUUCGACAACCAAUUCUCCAGCAGACAAAGGCAAAAACAAAGGAGGAAAAGGAUCCAGGAAACAAGUGUUUGAACCUUACAUGACAGCUGAGGACGUUUCCCAUGGCCUGAAGAGAGGAGAGCUUAUUCAAGGACAACUAAGAAUCAACCCUAAGAAGUACCAGGAAGCUUUCAUCCCCUCUCCUGAUGGCCUGCGGGACAUAUUUCUGGAUGGGAUUGUAGCUCGCAACAGAGCGCUGAACGGAGAUGUGGUGGUGUUACAAGUCCUUCCUCGAGAGCAGUGGAAGGUUGUGAGGUCAGAUACUGACUGUGAGGGCACCAGUGAGUCAGAUACACAGAGAGAACAUCUGGUGAAAACACCCCAGAAGAAGAAAGAGCACACCCCCAGACCUGGUGCUACUGUGGGCGAUCGCUGUAGGGACCAGGAUGAACUCUUAAGCAAGGUUCAGAAUAUCAGCCUCACUGACACAGACCCGUCAACCCCUCGGUCCAACGGGGAAAUACUCCAAAAGACAGCUAAAGUGGUCUACAUUGUUGAGAAGAAACACUCCAGAGCAGCGACAGGCUUCAUCAAGUUCCUACCAGACAAGCCCUUUGCCAUGUUUGCCCCCGUGGACCACCGGGUGCCUCGCAUUAACGUUCCCCUGGUUGACUGCCCUGCCGACUUUAGUUCCCGCCCGGGGGACUACAUUAACACGUUGUUCAUCUGUCGCAUCACCAACUGGUCAGCCGACAGCAACUUUGCAGAAGGACGACUGGCUAAGACUCUGGGUCAAGCUGGAGAAAUCGAACCGGAGACAGAGGGCAUCCUGACGGAGUAUGAUGUGGAUUGUUCUGAGUUCUCAGAUAGCGUGUUGGACUGCCUGCCCAAGAACCUUCCCUGGACCAUCCCACCUGAGGAGCUGAAGAAGAGGAGAGACCUGAGGAACGAGUGUAUCUUCACAAUCGACCCCGCCACUGCCAGAGAUUUGGAUGAUGCUCUUUCCUGUAAACAACUCCCAGAUGGAAACUUUGAGAUGGGAGUUCACAUUGCUGACGUAAGCUAUUUUGUGGAGGAGGACAAUGCUCUGGAUGCCAUUGCCAGCCAAAGAGCAACUAGUGUGUACAUGGUUCAGAAGGUGAUCCCCAUGUUACCUCGGUUGCUCUGUGAGGAGCUGUGCAGUCUCAACCCUCUCACCGACAGACUUACCUUCUCUGUCAUUUGGAAAAUGACACCCGAGGGGAAGAUCCUGAGUGAGUGGUUUGGCCGCUCAGUGAUCCGCUCCUGUGUGAAAUUGAGUUAUGACCAUGCUCAGAGCAUGAUCGAGGCCCCUGAGAAACUGUUCUCCGCUGGGGAGCUGCCCCCUGUGGACCCUGUGCACCCCAUCGAUGAGAUCCACCAGGCUGUGCUCAACCUGCACUCUAUUGCACAGAACCUCCGAGCUCAACGCUUCUCAGGCGGAGCCCUCAGGCUCGACCAGAUGAAACUUUCUUUCACCCUGGAUAGAGAUACCAUGAUGCCUCAGGGCUGUUAUGUUUAUCAGUACAGAGACAGCAACAAGUUGGUGGAAGAAUUCAUGCUGCUUGCGAACAUCGCCACCGCCAAGCACAUCUACCGCAAAUUUCCUGACCUGGCCCUGCUCAGGCGCCACCCUCCACCAAAAGCCAAGAUGGUGGAUGAGCUGCAGGAGCUGUGUGAGCAGUUGGGCAUCGACCUUGACCUGUCGUCUGCAGGAGCAUUGCAUAGGAGCCUCAAUACUACUCUUGGUGAUGAUGAGUACUCCAGUUACAGAAAAGAAGUCCUCACCCACAUGUGCUCCAGACCCAUGCAGAUGGCGCUGUACUUCUCCACAGGCGUAGUGAAGGACGAGCCUCUGUUCAAGCACUACGCCCUCAACGUUCCUUUCUACACACACUUCACCUCGCCCAUCAGGCGCUACGCUGACAUCAUUGUGCACCGGCUGCUGGCUUCUUCCCUGAAGUGUGGGCCUCACUUAAGGUUGUCAUCAGAGGAAGUGGGAAAACAGGCAUCGCACUGUAAUGACAAGAAGACGUUGUCAAAGCGAGUCCAGGAGCUCAGCUCGGAGCUCUUCUUUGGAGUUUAUGUAAAGGAGUGUGGCCCCCUGGACUCUGAGGCUAUGGUGAUGGGGGUGCUGGAUCAGUCGUUUGAUGUGCUGGUUCUCCGCUACGGAGUACAGAAACGCAUCUACUGCAAGUCUGUUGCGGGCCUGGCCUCAUUUCACCAUCGUAGGGUGGGAAAGAAAUCUGAGCUGACCCUGAUCUGGACACCAGAAGACUUAGAGAAAGCUCCAGUGGAGCAGAUCAUUUCACUCUUCACUCUGGUAGAGGUGCAGCUACAAGACGACAGCGCUCCGAUGAAAUACAGCGCAGUGCUCAAGAGGCCCGAUGACAGCGCACCAUAGAUACAGGGAAUGUGUGCUGGUGCACACCGACACUUACACAGAAGUUUGGGAUUGCACUUUUUCUUUUGUUGAUGGGUAGACUUGAUGUUUAGUUUAAAAGCAGUAUUUCUGUGUGGGGGGGGCGGGGAUGUCACAGAUCAGAUCAGAGUCAGAUUUCAUUUGAAGUUCCUACUGAGUUUCUGUCUCAAUGUAAACAACCCACCUAUUGCAAGUCUAGUUUAAACCCACAGAUAGCACACAUUUGUAAACCACCAAUAUUCAUGCUCCAACUUGGAAUUCCUCUUAUGUAUGUAAUGAUAAGUGAUUUGAAACAAAUAUGUUUUAAGAUAAUAUCAAUCCAUUCAAGUUUUAGAUAAAACCCUAAUGGUCAAAUGUUUCAGUUUUUAUGUAACUCAGUAAGGAUUUCAAAUUGAACUUGGGCUCAGUUCUGACUGUGAAAGAAACAAAGCAGCAAUGACUUUUAUUUUGCUGAUGAUUUAUUGACCUAAUGAGGUCAGCGUUUAUGUGAUAUAACUGUCGCACAAUGUUGUGUGAAAACUGAUUUUUAACUAAUUUUAGUUUAAUAUCAUUGAUAGAGAGGACGCCCAUGUCUGGGUUUGCAAACCAUAUCACUACUUAUGUUUGGCUGUGGUGGGCGUAGAGGACUAAGGCCCCGCUCGCACACAUGCAAAUGUUUCAGGGGAGUUCCACUUAGAUUGACUUUGCCCCACAACAUUCGCUUCACGCUUGUGUAUGUGUGAACGUGCCUUUACAUCCGAUUCAAAGAACAGGUAAAGGAACGUUUGCUUAGGAACAUAAUACCUCCUGCCAUGUGUCAUCUGUGAGUUUUUAUAGAACCUUUGUGUAUUUAUAGAGUUUUAUACAGGACGUGUUUUCUUUUGGAUGUGUCUCGGGUGUCAGUCAUGGCAAGGGAACGACUUCAGGCUUUUCAUGUCUUAGUCAUGAAGUCCAGCUCACAGGAGAUGAUCAUUUUUUUAAAUGAGGGCUUCAUGCAUCUAACAUGUUCUCACAGAAGGUAGCAGUGGUGUGCAAGAGAGGCCAAAGUUUCAUUAUUUAUCAACUCAGUGUUUUUCUUUUACAAACGAUGGGAAUGACUUGAAUGUAUGGUGACCGAGACGUCCCACCCAAACACUUUAACAGAAAACCUGAACGCAAAAAAACACAACAGAAAUCCAAUCACAAUGGAAGUGAGCAACAAUGGACGUUGAUGAUGGAAAAGUGCAGAGUUACUUACAGCUAUUAGCUAUCAAAUAGUCAAGGUUUUCACAAACAACUGCUCAGUGCUCACUUAACAACGCAAAGUAAGUCUGCCCUUUUUACUCUCAACAUCUGUAGUCGAUCUCAUCCGUUGUGAUUGUGUUUCCGUUGUGUUGUAACCUUUGCAUUUGUGUCUGUUAACCCAGUUGUGUGAGGCGUCUCCGCCAGCGUAUGAAUGUGAUUUGCUGCUGAAAACGUUUAGUUGCCUUAAGAUCAUAACUAAUUCUGUGUUGGCUGAUGUGUUCUUUGGAAUGAAUGAUGUUUGUUUGUUUGGUUUUUAAUGAUCAAAUUUGUGCAGCACCCGUACUUGAUAGACCUUUUAAAUAUCAACAUCGGACUGACUUUCAUUCCAGCUGCACAUUUUAAAAUGGCCGUGGGCUCCACCUUUGCUUCGAGUCAGUGUUUGUCUUCAGUUGCCUCCUCAUUCUGACUCUAAUUGAACUGUGCCAUGUAGUCGUACAGAUUAGCUGCUACCUCUGCACAAUUUUUUUUUAAUUCCUUUUCAUUGCCAUAAUUUUUAGGCCCGUCACAGAGUUUUCUUUUCAAAUACCUCCCAGCUGAUGCUUUCAAUUUAUUUAGUUUUACAUUGACAUUAUGUGGCAUGAGCUUUAAAUGUAUAUUUAAACCAGUAAGUGGUUUGUAGUCGAAAACAACUGUAGUCGUAAAUGUGUGUUUGUGAUUAAACUUUGAAUCCAGUUACAGCAGAAUGAGAUUUAACAACAACCUCUGUGUAUCUUCUGCAAAAUACACUCACCCUUAUCUUACACUCUGGUUAAAAAUUCAAAGUGCAUUUGUUCUCUGCUACACCACUAUACAGAGAAAUAGAGCGCUGUCUUUGUGUCUAAGUAAAUAAAUAUGUACAUGACAUCCACUGGGAAUAUAACGACUCCAAUUGUGUU